CAUCGGCGAGGAGCACAGGAUCUGGAGGAAGAACACGCCGUUCCUGUACGACCUGGUGAUGACACACGGCCUGGAGUGGCCCAGCCUCACGGUGCAGUGGCUGCCUGGCGUGAGCAGGCCAGAAGGGAAGGAUUAUGCUCUGCACUGGCUGGUUUUGGGAACACACACGUCUGAUGAACAGAACCACCUGGUGGUUGCCAGAGUCCAGAUUCCCAACGAUGAUCAGUUUGAUGCCUCCAAGUAUGACAGUGAGAAAGGAGAGUUUGGUGGCUUUGGCUCUGUGACUGGCAAAAUUGAAACAGAGAUUAAGAUUAACCACGAAGGUGAAGUGAACCGAGCUCGUUACAUGCCGCAGAAUCCCUGUGUUAUUGCCACAAAAACACCUUCUGCUGAUGUGCUGGUGUUUGACUACACUAAACAUCCUGCAAAACCAGACCCAAGUGGAGAGUGCAAUCCUGACCUUAGAUUAAGAGGGCACCAGAAGGAAGGCUAUGGCUUAUCAUGGAAUUCAAAUUGGAGUGGACAUCUUCUCAGUGCAUCAGAUGAUCAUACGGUGUGUUUGUGGGAUAUAAGUGCUGGACCAAAGGAAGGCAAAAUUGUGGAUGCUAAGGCAAUCUUCACUGGGCACUCUGCGGUGGUAGAAGAUGUGGCUUGGCAUCUGCUCCAUGAAUCCCUGUUUGGAUCUGUGGCAGAUGAUCAGAAGCUUAUGAUUUGGGAUACAAGAUCUGAUGACACAUCCAAGCCAAGUCAUUCGGUAGAUGCUCAUACAGCUGAGGUCAACUGUCUGUCCUUCAAUCCCUACAGCGAGUUCAUUCUGGCAACUGGUUCUGCUGACAAGACAGUGGCUCUGUGGGAUCUUCGGAACUUAAAGCUGAAACUCCAUUCUUUUGAGUCUCAUAAAGAUGAGAUUUUUCAGGUUCACUGGUCUCCUCAUAAUGAAACAAUUCUUGCUUCAAGUGGUACUGAUCGUCGGCUUAAUGUGUGGGAUCUAAGUAAAAUUGGAGAAGAGCAGUCAGCAGAGGACGCAGAAGAUGGGCCUCCUGAGCUGCUGUUUAUUCAUGGAGGACACACUGCCAAAAUUUCAGACUUCAGUUGGAAUCCUAAUGAGCCAUGGGUAAUCUGUUCUGUAUCAGAGGACAACAUAAUGCAAAUAUGGCAAAUGGCAGAAAACAUUUACAGUGAUGAAGAACCAGAUAUAGCAGCAGCUGAACUGGAGGGUCAAGGAACAUAACCUUCUUCCUUAAGGAACUACUGGGAAUGACAUAGUAAUGUAAUUCGACUACUGUACACAUAAAACAAAGCCCCUAAAAAAG